AUGGAAUGUGAUGACAAUGGGCGAGAGCGUCCCCCCCCGGCGACGAGUGUCAGCCGUGGGGUCCAGCGGGCGCGCGCCGCGGGCAGCAGGCGCGGCCUGCAGCUGGCCUACCCUCGCGCCGGCCGCCCCGCGCGCGCUCUGGAGACUCACACGUCCGCGGCCACCACCGCGACACCGGGACAUCCCUUUAUGAGCAACAUGGAUGAGAUAUCGUACUGGGUCUACACGAAACGAGCACCCUGCCUCUUCAACUACGAUAAUGUACUCAAGAAGCAAGUGGAACAGGCGCACUGUUCCAAAGCGACGCCGGUCAGUGGCCAGAGCAUCAUUGAAGAGGUGCCAUCGACCAACAAGAAAAAACGGAAAAUAAAACUGAUCGACGACGACUCAAUCUCAUCAGAAAAACCACAAAAUGUAUACUUUGAAACGCCUCAGAAUCAAAAUCAAAAAACUGCACCAAGCAGUUGCAAGUCGGACACACUCGGAUCUAAUAUAGAGUUCAACAUUAAGAAAUCAUGUGUACAGAAUAAAUCAAAGAGAAUAAAGUUACAGAAAAACAAUCAGGCUCACAAGAAAAAUAAGGUGGUGACGUCCACACCUAAAGUUACAAACUUGAGACGCAGUCUGAGGAGAGCCCAGCAGCAGAACAGGAACGGGGAACUGAACAGUUCCUUUGAUAUAUAUAAUGAUAAAGAUGAUGAUGACACGCAGCUACAGAACCAAUCACAGAAAAUAGAUGAGGGCCAUCACAAUAAGAGUAAGACAUUUCCCGAGCAGGAUAAAGACACAACUGUUCAAAAUGGACAGUUUGAAGAUUUGAGUGAUGUGUCUGGGUUCACAGCUAACUAUAUACGAUCCACUAAGAUUCACUCCGCAAAGACUCCGAGAAAACCCAGGAAUAGAAACAGUAGAAAUAUAGUCAAAAAUAAUAAAGCUGCUGAAAGGGAAGAUGAAAAAAUAAUAGUAUGUGUAAAUAAAUCUGUGAACACGGGAUUGGGCGAGACAAAUAUAUUGAACUGUAGCACAGACUCCUCACAGAACGUUAUAAACUUAGUUAGUGUUAAAAAUAACAGCAGGUCUUCAAAAGUUAACAAGAGCACCUCCUUACUGAAGUUCAUGGAAUCAAAGUUAGACCACCCCAAGGACAACGUCUCCCACAACAAAGUUCAUGAUGUACCCGCUAAGACACAGUUGAACAUUUCCUUCCAGUCCAAAAGCAGCGGCACUUCGAGGUACCCCACAAGGUACAGAAACAACACUAAGAUAUCAAACAUAGGUAAUAAUCACAAACACUCACCCAGACAGAGAUUCAGUGAACGAAUCAACAAGUUAGAUGACUCGGACAGGAAGGAAAACUCCCAGGAGAGAAUCACUACUAGGACGAGGAGUAGAAAAAAAAAUAUAAACUCGGAGGUAUUGGAGCUGAAUCAUACGAGGGAUCAGAGCAGCUCCGGUGUGGCCAUGAAUGUAGCUACAUGUGAUAACACGAACACACAGGGAAACACGACGAGUUCCAGGUGUCUCCGGAGCAGACGGUGCAAAGACAAAAGUGCAAUCUAUAAAGACUUUUUUAGUGAUGGAAGUGACGGUAAAGUGGUGGAAGAAACAAACUGCCCUCUAGUGAAAACGAGCCCCAGAUGUGUGGGGCGGAGCAAGAAGUGCAGCGAGAGGAGAGCUCGCUCCCCGACCAGGGACCGGUCCAGGAACAGAAGCGGCUUCACGGCCUGCUUCUCUGACAGCGGCAGUGACGAUGAACCUUUGAAACAAAGAAAGUUCUUCUGUUAG